AUGGGCAAGUCACAAAAAAAACGCUCUAUGCGUCGACACAACCCGAUGCGCGUGCCCGACUCACAUCUGCCGAAGGGCCUUGCAUCUGCUUCCUCGUCUUCAUCAAAGCAGGAGGCGAUUCUGCCCAUCAUACAGAAGAUGGGGAGCGCGGACGGUGCGGAGCGCAAAUGGGCCUGUGUGGCCGUCUCGAAUCUGAUCUAUAACGAUCCGUCGACGCGAAGGCUGCUCCAGGGGAAGAACGUCGUAGGCGCACUGAUCACUCGUCUUUCUGACGGAGAAGAGGAAGUGGUCGUAGAAGCUGCAGGGGCCUUACGGAAUCUAUGUAUCGAUGGGGGCUACGACAUCUGUGCUGAAAUGUACAACAAAAAUAUCAUUGCACCCCUGCAGACGUUUAUACCCAAGAUCUCUACGACGCUGUCACAGUAUCUGGAAUCUCCCAAAACGGCACCGGAAAACGCUCAAAGCGUAGUCUAUGAGUUUGCCGAUAACGUUAUCACUAUCCUAUGGUGUCUCUCCGAGACAUCCAACAAGGCGUUGAAUGCGGUGAACCAGCUGAGCCUGGUCCCAUUUUUGAUGUCCUUCCUUGCUUAUCGCGAAAAGCUGCCCUUGACCACGGUCACCUCUGCAGCACAGUGUCUUUAUGUUCUCACCGACGAUAAUAUGCCUGCCAUAAGCGAAGUCAGGGCAGACUCGAGCUAUACGUCCUGCCUUCUCGAAAUUGCCAGGUCACAGGGUAGUUUGAUGAGCAGCAAAGGAAAAAAUCCCAUUCAGGACGAGCGAGCAAUCACGCUGCCAGUGCUCACAUGCGGAAUUCUACGCAAUGUAUCGCCGUUACCCCCUCCAUCGACCGCUCUGGUCGACUUUGAUAGAGAAGUCCUGCUGCCCGUGAUGAUCUCAGUCAUUUCAUCCGUUUCCUUGCUAGAGGUAUCGAACCUCGUACAAGAACUUCUUCGACGACAAGCCACAGAGCCUCCGAUUGAGAAGCUCAACAUCAAACAUGUUCCAAAGUCAGAUCACAAAUCUGAGACUGAGACUGAGUUGGAGCGCAUAGAGGCGAAACUCAGGACUGUUCAGCUCUCUCUUGAAGUGCUCACCGGUGUAUGUGCAACCCUGCCCGAUCCUGACUUCUCACUCGGAGACGAUGGGGAUGAGGAUGAGGAUACAGGUGGUGCCGACGAAGAAAUGUCCCUCGAUGACGCACAUCCGACUGCAAAUAGCACACUGUCGCCUAGCUCUUCCAUCUUACCUGCCCUCAUUCAACCCCUUCUUUCUUUGAUACAACCCACCCCCCUCUCUUUUCCACCACCCAAUGCAUCAUCGCCACAUCCGCCUACGACAUCUGCCCUCAGCGCGAUUCAUACAGCUGCCCUGGAAUGUCUCAAUAAUGCAUUCUUUUCCCUUGCCACAAAUCCAACCCCGUCUAUCGCUGCCGAUGUAGACGCCGGCCGGCGGGUAUGGGUCGAGCUUUGGCACGCGCUGGAAGCAACAGGCACGGGGGGCGGAUUGGGACAGGAAAAGCGCAAGGAGAUGUGGGAGAUCGGUGUCGGGGUGCUGUGGGGCGUCAGCAUCGUGUGGACCGCAAAAAUCGUUCCGAACGAGAAGCAUGUCAAAGCGCUCAUGCAACUUUGCGACGCGAUGCCUGAUGAAGCGGUCCGCGUCAAGGCUAUUGGCGCGCUUGGGAGCCUUGGACAAUAUCCAGGCUCGAUCGACGCCAACCGACUUAUAUCUGAAUACUUAUUGUCUAUUCUCCCGACCACAACAUCGCCGUCUCGCGUCGGAACUGAGGCGCUGCUCCAGGCUGUCUCGUCGCUCAUCGACAUAUACUCUGACGAAGAGCAGCCUUAUGACGUCAAUUUCCAACAAGGCAAAUAUCUCGAUGCUCUUACGAGUGCCGUCGAGGGCGUCCGCAAGGCGGUGAAGGGCAUUGAUCGGAAAAGGGAGGGAGGGCGUGAUCUGCGUCGGCGGGGCGAGGGCCUCAGGGACAAUCUAAUAGAGUUCAUCAAGUAUCGGAGACAGUUAGGACUCGCCUGAGAUGUUGGUCUCUCGGAUUGCAGUGACUCGUUGAUCAAAUUAACCCUGAUUUCUGGGAGUC